AUGAACGAAAAGAAAUGUGUGUUAUAUAAGGCAUCUAGGGUUAUUUACAACCCAAUCAGAUCGUGCAAAUUGGCUAAUAGCCGCGCCAGUCGAUUGCGAAACAUAAAAGUGGCGAAAACUGGCGACAGGAUGGCGUAUCCGUGGACUAAAAUGAAGCCCCUGCUGAUGCUGACAGUAUUAUUGGCCAUUUUCUUCAACUGCUGCCUGGCCGGCAAGACGACCACCAUCGUUAGCCACACAGACACCCUCGAUCCGCAGGCCGAUGGCUUCUGGGCCAACAAGACCACGUGGAACGCGCGCUGGGUGAAGUACUGGCGGGCCAAGAAGAUCUACGAGCCGGUGUGGAAGAAGGUCUGGACACCCACCAUUCACAACGAGUGGGUGCCCCUGCCCAAUGUGCCCAACGACUGGGAGGCGGAAAAGGCUCGCUCCUACAAAUAGCACUGAGACUGAAACAUAGGCUAAGAGUGUAUAUUGUUUAGUUGUUUAUUAUUUUGUUUUUUUUUGUAUAAUAACUGGUAAUUAAAGUCUAGAGAUAAUUUAAA